GCUCCAGCAACUUAACCUUAGCUUUUGUAAAAUUACUGAUAUAACUAUCGAAGAAAUUGCUAGAUCAUGUCUUAAUUUAAAAUAUCUUAAUCUGGAAGGAUGUUAUAAAAUUAGCAAAAAAGUUGUGGAUCAGCUCAUUUCACUUAAUCCAAAUAUUCAUAUUGAGAAGUGCACUAUAACACCAGCCUCUUUUGUGAACGAUAUUUUUGAAGUAACGAUAUCUAAUGCUAAUGACAAUAGAGUCUCUUCUCUUGCGGAGGCAAUCAGAAACCGUCGUUUAGAUCGAUUUCAAGAUAUAGAUUUGAAUGAAUUGGCUUUAUAUAGGGUUGACUUCAUAAGUGAUAGUGUCGUAAUCCAAACCUUAAGAAACAACGAAGUAUUCGAAGUGGAGGGUGCAGUAAGAAUGGAACUGCAAGAUAGGAUUUUUAAUCAUUUUUCUACUCAACCCCAACGUAUCUAUUCCGGUGAAAAGAAAAUCAAUGUUAUCGUGUACCCUCCUACUGAAACGGUGCCAGAUAUACUAAGUAAAGAUAAUUAG